UCAGUCCUUACAGGAUUUUGUGUGUGUGUGUGUGUUUGGGGGGGGGGGGGUAAUGGCGAAAUUGGCAAAAUUGUAAUUGCACAAAAUUGUUUUGUGCGGCCUUUCACAGUGAUGUUUGUUGGUAAGUGAGACCUUUUAGCUGUACUUAUGGUCGAUGCAUGUGAAUCGAAGACGGCUUUGGCUGAAUGCACGUUGCGAUGAUGUCACAUGACGCAUCCUGGCCCAAAUCUGCGGAAAGUCUCCGAAGAAGGAUGUGCGCAUGAUGCGCUUCAUCCAGGAAGUGAACACUACCACUCGGUCCUGUGCAUUAUGGGAUUUGGAGGCUGAUACAGAGUAUAUUGUCCAUGUACAAUCCAUCAGCAUGAGUGGCACAAGCCCUCCCAGUGACCCUGUCCUCUUCCGCACACCAAAAGAGUCUGAGAAAAUGGCAUCCAAAAGUCCUGAUGAGGUGACUAUGAAGGAGGUUGGCCAGGCUGCCCAGCUGAGGGCCGGAGAGCUGAUCAUCAUAGUAGUGGUCCUAAUCAUGUGGGCAGGCGUAAUAGCUCUCUUCUGCCGUCAGUAUGAUAUCAUUAAAGACAACGAGCCCAACAACAACAAGGAUAAAGCCAAGAACUCAUCGGAGUGCAGCACCCCCGAGCACCCUACAGGGGGCCUAUUGCGCAGCAAGGUCUAACCAACCACAGGCAAUAACAGGCUUCAGCCUCAGGACACAGUCGAGACAUACCGGAAAGCCAUCAUGUGACAUUAUUGUGAAACAAGAGUGCCCAUCUUCAUUUGAAAGGACUCUUUAAUAUCACAUCCUAUAAACAGAUACGGACCCCUUGGUGCUUGUCUAUGAAGUGCACAAAGACAAUGAUACACUCGAGCACAUUUGACAAGAAUACUUGAGCACAUCUGAAAACUGAAGUGAAGACCUGAGAAUUGAAAACUGCAUGACCGGGUGUUCCCUCGGGUCAGGCUCCGAACAGAGACGUUCCCUAAGCUCUGAGAAGAGCUAGAAAUCCC